AUAGUCGACAUAUCGUUCACCAUUAUUUUGUUGCGAAUUUGCUAUUCGUGUUCAUAUUCAAGAUUAGAGCCAACACGAGCCAACGAUGAUUAUUUUUGUGCGAAUGAAACACUCAUACUUAUGGAUAAAGAACUAACGCAAAGGCCAUGUGCGGCUUGGGAAAAAUAUUGCGUGACAACCAUAGAAACAUCGCUGAACGCGUUCAGCUCGAUUGCACGAUCAUGUAAUGAAGCAUGUCGAGUACAAUGCGAAUCGGAUGGAUACGGAACAGAUAUGGUGCGAUGUGACGAUUGCUGUGAAACAGAUAAUUGCAAUGGCAAUUUCUCGGUACACUAUUACCUCGAAGUUAUGCAAGCUCAAUAUACUUCUUGGGUUGAGCCGAUGCAGAAUGAGCGAAGCUUUAAUAAAGCUCAAGGCUUUCAUUUUCCGUACGGCUGUGCUAAUUCAGUGAGAAAGGCCGCUUUCAAUAUCAUUUUAUCACUUUUUAUACUAAUUUUAUUCUAA